ACGGAGAGCACGGACAGCGAGUCUGUGAGCAGCAGUUGGGAUCUCCUGCACACGAUGCCAGAGACAGGAGAACAAGCAGGCGCCGAUGGAGGUGGUCUGCAGUUUCGAGGUGAUGGUCGAAUGCCAGGGGUGAAGCUCACGGUCCUUAGCAAGGAGUUGGCGAGGAAUCCAAAUUCCUAUCGCGAGUGGCGGAAGGAGAUUGAGAUCAUCGAGAAGAUUUGCAAGGUGGCUCCAGCGGACCUCGGACCGUUGGUGUACCUCAGCCUGGAGAAGGGCGAUGGACAGCCAAGGGAGUUGGUCGAGACACUUGACCUAGACGUGCUUAGCAGCGAGGCCGGCCUGCGGAAGCUGAUGGAGAUUCUAGACGAGGAGUUCACCGAGAAGGACUACGAGCGUAGCGAGAAGCGCCUCAGGGCGUUCGAGAAGUGCCGCAGAGGCGUUGGAGAAGAUGUCGACGACUACAUCGCGAGGUUGAAGACGGCCAGGCGCAAUCUUGAGGUACACGACCCUGGCACCACGUACUCCGACACCUCAUUCGCAAGAAAGCUCUUGCGGAGCUCAGGGCUAUCACGAGAAGCCCAGCGGCAGGUACUAGCAGCAGCAGGCGCGGAGUGGAACUCGGAGAAGAUCGAAGCGACGAUCAAGAUGGUCUAUGGAGAUGUUCACCUAGACGAGAAGCGGCGUGUAGACAAGAGGAACGAGCACCCGAGCAAACACACGCAGUAUCGACAGUUCCCUCCACGGUUUGGACAGCCCACUGCGAAGUUUACUUCAGACGCCCUCGUGGCGGAGGAGGCGCCAGACAACCACCAGGAGGACGAGUGCGAGUACGGCGAUCAGGACUCGGACGCCAUGGGCGACGAAGAGGAGGUGGUGCUGGACGUGUUCUACCAGGGCUUCAAGGCGAAGAAGAAGCAGUUUGGCCGCGGCAAGGGACGCGGGAAGAACACCGCGAGUGGCGGCCGGGGAAAGAAGUCCGGAGUGUGCGACGACUGCCUUCAGCCAGGCCACUGGAAGGGCGACCCAGAGUGCCCGAAGGUGAUCGCGGGGAUUACGUCUCCGUUCAAGCCUGGCGGCAAGGGCGACGGCAAGAAGGGUUCUUCCUCGGCGAACGUGGCGGCAACGAUGGCUACGGACAGUACGGCGCACAUGGAGUUCAAGUGGUUGAACGACGGAGCGGAAGAAUUGCCAUCUCCCCAUCCGGGACCGGUGGAUGCCUUCGUGCUGGGUUCGCAGAAGGUCAAGGCGGAGGUGAAGCAAGAGAGCGACAACCUUGGGCUGGAUCCCAGGAGGCCUCCGACACCGGGCUCAGAGUUCGAAGACGACUCCUUCGAGAAGGACUCAGACGAAUCCGAGGGGGUCUACAAGAGCUGGACCGAGGAGCAGCUCAGUGCGGAGUUGGCAAGGUUCCAGUCUGAGAGGAUCCACAUCAGCGGCGACGACGUACGCUCGUUGGUCGAUCGGUACAGGGCGCGGCUGGACGAGUUCGUGGUGGACUUCACGAACCGCGCGCGCGACCACCACACGGGGUACGUGACCGACUGCGAGCUGGAGGUGUUCAGGAUCCUGACGGCGAAGCAGCUGCAGGAUAUACUCUUGAUGCUCGAGCAGCCUUACAGCGGCUCAAAGCAGGAGAGGAUCGAUAGGCUGAUAUCGUUCAUCACCGACCAGGUGGAGAAUCCCUGCGAGCACAAGAAUGCGGGCUCCGGCGAGAUCCUGGACAACGUACGCUGGACAAGCACAUCUACCUGGACGUUCGCGAUCUGCAAGAACUGCAACCGAUGCGUCCAGCGGAUCCCGAAGACGAACUACGCGAAGGAAAUCAGGGACAAGGCGUACAGCCGCGAGGACAAGAAGGACGCGCUCGUGGUCAAUGACGUGUUGUGGGACGACAUCGGCACGACGGAGCUCAUCAACGAUAGCGGGUGCAGACGCAGCGUCGCAGGUCACGAGUGGCACGACAACUUGCAGACCCACCUGAAGAGUUUGGGCCUCCAGCCGGUCAAGAAGGACAUCAAUGAGGAGUUCAGGUUCGGCGGCGGUGACGUGGCAGUCAGCACGGAGUCGUACGUCUAUCCUGCUGGGAUAAAUGGUACACACGGAGUCAUUGAGGUGGCUCGAGUGGAAGGACGAACGCCACCACUGCUAUCGCAGCAGGCGAUGCAGGAUCUAGGCGUGAUCGUCAAUUACCGCAAGAAGGUGAUGGACAUCGAGGAGGCCGGAGUGUUCAAGAAGCCGAUCAAACAAUCACGGUCGGGACAUUUCCUCGUAGACAUCGGAGAGUAUGGCAACCCGAACGAGUUCCCGGAGUGUUUCCAUAUCAAUGGCAAGAUGGACAUGACCCCACAGGAGGAGGCCGGCGAACUCGGGUUCAAGGACCUCUCGCGUGUUGGAGUCCUACAGCGAGGUAGGAAGAAUCGGUUGCAGAGGACCACGAGAGGAGUUGCGGAUGCGUUGGCUGCAGAGGCGAAGAGAUCCGUCCACAAGGACCCACCGACGGUGACGUCGAGAUCCAAGAGGUGGAAGUUCCUGGAGAUAUUAUCGUGGACGCUUGCUCUAUCGUGCGAGGCGGCGGCGCAAGGGUGGCAGGUCAUGCCGCCAAUUAGUAUCGAGACGGGCUUCGACCUCUACACACGUUCUGGGCGGGCACGAGCCUGGAGGGAGGUCGUCGACAACAAGCCGGACGUGGUGGCCAUGGCUUGGCCCUGUGACCCCUGGACGGCGAUGCGCAACUACCAGGCACACCGCCCGGCGUUCCAGAAGGAGUUGCAGGUGCGACAACAGCAGUCCCGUGGAGCGUUGAGGUUCGUGAAGAGGGUGGCUGACUACCAACGCAAGCGCGGAGCCUACUUCUACGGCGAGAACCCGCUCACAAGCAAGGCCUUCCAGGAGGAGCCGAUAGUGGAGCUGCUGAAGUCGCACGGCACGACGGUGGUGGACAUGUGCGCGUUCGGGCUCCGACAUCCAGACUCGGAUUUACCUAUUAAGAAGCCAUCACGAAUCAUCAUGUCCACACAGACGAUGGCGGACAAGCUCGAACGACGGUGCCCAGGACACCGACAACACGCUAAGAUCGAAGGGCGAUUGGCUAAGCAAAACAUGAGGACGAGCACGUACGCCGGCGGCUACACGAAGGAGUUCGCCGAGGCCGUCAUCAGCGUGUUCAUGGAG